CGAGAUUUUCAUAAUUGCAGGAAGGCAUCACAGCAUCUGAUGUGGCAUCAGCCAAUGAAUUUUGGGAUUUGUGUGCCGUAAUUGAACUAAUGGAGCCACAAGCUACAGCUCAUAUCACAGAGCACCCUGACACUUCUCUGAUGAAAGAAACAGUGGACGAAGUGGUCAAAAGGUUCCAUGCUCAGAUGGAUCAUGUCCCAUUAUUAUCACUGUAUGACAGCGACAAAGAUGUGGCCCUCAAAGUCCCUACAGCAUAUUUUAAACAUCAUUUUCACACAUGAUUUUUGUAUACUGUGCAUCGAUCCAUAUCCUCUUCCAAUGCAUGGCACCUGCUGAAUCCUACACUCUUAUCCUACAUUUUAACGCCUUGUGCAUAAG